AUGAAGUUCCCCGCCUACAAGAAGGGGUGCUGCAACAGUGCCCACACGAAUGGGUGCUGCAAAAAGGCGCCGAAGGAACCCAAGCCUCUCGCCGCCAAUGCCGAGGCCGAGGGCGAGGCUGGGAAAUCGUGGCCCGGCAUCGUCAUCGGUUUCUUCGUCGCCUUCGGUGGUAUCUUGUUUGGAUAUGACACCGGUACCAUCAGCGGCAUCCUCGCCAUGCCCUACUGGCAGGACACCUUCAGUACCGGCUAUGUCAACCCCCAAGGCCAUCUCGACGUGACGACGAGCCAGGAAUCCGCCAUCGUCUCCAUCCUCUCGGCCGGCACCUUCUUCGGCGCCCUGUUUUCCCCCUUCAUGGGUGACUACAUCGGCCGUCGCCCAGCUUUGAUGGCGUCAACCUGGGUCUUCAACCUCGGAGUCGUCCUCCAGACUGCUGCCACCGACAUUCCCCUGUUCCUCGCCGGUCGCUUCUUCGCCGGUCUCGGCGUCGGCCUGAUAUCGGCUUUGAUCCCCCUCUAUCAGUCCGAAACGGCCCCCAAGUGGAUUCGAGGUGCCAUCGUCGGUGCGUACCAGCUCGCCAUCACCAUUGGCCUGCUCCUCGCCGCCGUCGUCAACAAUGCCACCUCCGACCGGAAUGACACGGGCUGCUACCGCAUCCCCAUCGCCAUCCAGUUCGCCUGGUCCCUUAUCCUCUUCAUCGGCAUGAUCUUCCUCCCCGAGACACCCCGAUACCUUGUCCGCCGCGGCAAGAUGGACAAGGCUGCCAAAUCCCUCGGCGUCAUUCGCCGACUCCCCCCCGACCAUCCUGUCAUCCUCUCCGAACUGGACGAGGUCAAGACGAACCACGACUACGAGAUGAGCAUCGGUUCGGCCUCCUACAUCAAGUGCUUCAAGCCCCCGAUUCUGAAGCGUCAGUUCACCGGCAUGGCCCUCCAGGCCCUCCAGCAGCUCACCGGCAUCAACUUCAUCUUCUACUACGGCACCAAGUACUUCCAGAACUCGGGCGUCUCCAGCGGCUUCGUCAUCCAGAUGAUCACCUCGUCCAUCAACGUCGUCUCCACCAUCCCGGGCCUCUACGCCAUCGAUAAGUGGGGCCGCCGGCCUUUGCUCCUCUGGGGCGCCGUCGGCAUGUGCAUCUCCCAGUUCAUCGUAGCCAUGACCGGUACCCUGUCUUCUGGUCAGACGGACGAUGGCGUCGUCUAUGUCACCAACCUCGCCGGUCAAAAGGCGGCAGUCGCCUUCUCCUGCAUCUUCAUCUUCUUCUUCGCCUCCACCUGGGGGCCGCUCGCUUGGGUCGUCACCGGCGAGAUCUUCCCGCUCAAGGUCCGUGCCAAAUCGCUGAGCAUCACGACGGCAACCAACUGGCUCUUCAACUGGGCCAUCGCCUACUCGACCCCCUAUCUCGUCAACUAUGGCGACGGCUACGCCAACCUGCAGUCCAAGAUCUUCUUCAUCUGGUUCGGUUGCUGCUUCAUCUGCAUCGCCUUUGUCUGGUUCUACAUCUACGAGACCAAGGGCCUCACCCUCGAAGAGAUUGACCUCAUGUACACGGAGGAGAGCUCGGCUCGGAAGUCGACCAAGUGGCGCCCGAAGGAAACAUGGGUCCACCGCCAGAGCAUCGCCGAUCAGGGAGACGGACUCGGCAACGAACCCAAGGCGCAGAACAUUGACGGCGACGAUCAGGUGGCGACGACGCACCACGAGCAGGACGCGACACCACCCCGCGAGCCGGAAGCCACUGUGUGA